AUGUCUGUCCGACUCGCCCUGAAGUCACUUACUCGUUACUGCCAUAUCUCCGCAGAAGAUUCCAAAUGGCUUACACUUCCACCUGUGAAUAUCACCAGCGUGAACACUUCCUCCAACAAACUCUCUUCCUCCACUUCCACCACUGCCCUCAAAUGGGUCAUCCACCAAUUCACCACCUCCCUCAUACUACCGAUGUGCACCACCAUCGUCCACCUCGUGAGUCCGUCUAUUCGUCCAUCACCUUUGAUCGGACCCCCCAUGAGCAGCUCCGUCUCCGACGAAGUUGCGACCAGCAUCACCGCAUACGACAUCUUCCUUCAACCACUCAUCGGCCACCAUCAAUUCGGCCGCCCCCAAUCUGGUACUCUUUUCUUCAUUUGUUGA